CCUGGCUUAGUAUUGUGCGCAAAAUCAGAGAGGGGUGCAAGAUCUUGAUUUUCCAGGAGUUCAAGUGACAAUGGAAGCCCAAUACCGCAGUGUGAGCUUCAACCCCAGCACACCAGGGGCCAGUUAUGGUGAGAUGGCAUUCAGUGCUCCCCAGACCAGGCUGCAGGGAGGGCCUGGAAGGCAAGAGCCCAGAAAUUCCCAGUUGAGAAUUGUGUUAGUGGGUAAAACCGGAGCAGGAAAAAGUGCAACAGGAAACAGCAUCCUUGGCCAGAACGUGUUUCAUUCUGGCACUGCCGCAAAAUCCAUUACCAAGAAGUGUGAGAAACGCAGCAGCUCAUGGAAGGAAACAGAAGUUGUCGUAGUUGACACACCAGGCAUUUUCGACACCGAGGUGCCCAAUGCUGACACGUCCAAGGAGAUUAUUCGCUGCAUUCUUCUGACCUCCCCAGGGCCUCAUGCUCUGCUUCUGGUGGUUCCACUGGGCCGUUACACUAAGGAAGAGCACAAGGCCACAGAGAAGAUCCUGAAAAUGUUUGGAGAGAGGGCUAGAAGUUUCAUGAUUCUCAUAUUCACCCGGAAAGACGACUUAGAUGACACCAAUUUGCAUGAGUACUUAAGGGAAGCUCCAGAAGACAUUCAAGACUUGAUGGACAUUUUCGGUGACCGCUACUGUGCGUUAAACAACAAGGCAACAGGCACUGAGCAGGAGGCCCAGAGGAUGCAGUUGCUGGGCCUGAUCCAGCGCGUGGUGAGGGAGAAUAAGGAAGGCUGCUACACUAAUAGGAUGUACCAAAGGGCCGAGGAGGAGAUCCAGAAGCAAACACAAGCAAUGCAAGAACUCUACAGAGUGGAGCUGGAGAGAGAGAAAGCACAGAUAAGAGAGGAGUAUGAAGAGAAAAUCAGAAAGCUGGAAGAUAAAGUGGAGCAGGAAAAGAGAAAGAAGCAAAUGGAGAAGAAACUAGCAGAACAGGAGGCUCACUAUGCUGUAAGGCAGCAAAAGGCAAGAACGGAAGUGGAGAGUAAGGAUGGGAUACUUGAAUUAAUCAUGACAGCAUUACAGAUUGCUUCCUUUAUUUUGUUACGUCUGUUCGCGGAAGAUUAAACUUAAUGAAAAUCUGUUUGUAUUUUCUGCAUAUUCUCUGGCAACCUUGCCCCAUACUUACUUAUUUAGCAUAGUCAGAGUGCUCUAGUUUCUGCCUCUCAGGCACUCAUAACUAAGGACCACCAUUGGCCAUUGGUAGAUGUUUGAUUGACUUAACAAGAGAGGGACAAAUUUUCAAUUUGUGAAACUCCAAAGCGGAAAGUAUUGGUGCUUGCUACCUUGUGAAUUCUUCCUUAGACAUGCAGAGAAAUUGUAUGCAAGAGACCAAAGAAGAUGGCUCCAAGCUAUAUCAUGUUACCUCUAAUAAAAUCUUUUCUUCUAGAUUCUUUCUAUGUUAGCAGAUAAUCUCCCAUUGUAGCUUCCACUCACUUAUUCUUGCGUUCAGAGUCACAGUGAUCGUCUUACCCAUGUGGUUUGUAAGAAAGAAAGAUCAAUUCUUUGUUUGCAGUAGGUAAUCUUAGAGAUGGAGAUGAUUGUAGAAUUAUUUCUAGAUGAGUGUCAAUUUAUUUAAUUCCAUUGUCAUAUAAGGAGUCAAAUUGUUUCUUAUCAUUUGUUCAUUGAAGAAGAGAGACCUGUCUGGAAAAUCGAUCUCUACAAAUUCAACUAAAUAAUGAUCCCCAAAUGCUGAAAAAAUGAAAGCAGCAAUUCAACAGAUAAUAGAGCAAUGUUUAGUAUAUUCAGCUGUAUCUGUAGAAACUGUUUGACCAACCUCAGUUUAACCAAUUUGAUGAAUACCCAGUUCUCUUCUUUUCUUGAGAAAGAUAGUUGCAACCUCACCUCCCACACUCAACACUUUGAAUACUUAUUGUUUGGCAGGUCAUCCACACACUUCUGCCCCCACUGCAUUGAAUUUUUUGCUUAUGUUGUUUACAAUAAAACUUUUCAAUUAUCUCA